CGACUGACUGAGCGCGAGCCAGCUACUCUCUCACUCGCUCUCUGCGCGCGGGCAUGGGCAGUGUACGGUAGCGGCGCUCCACACGCGACCGGCCGCUCUCUUUCUUCGUUUUGCUCCUUUUCUCUCUCCCGGUUCGCCAUGGCGUGGCCGUGUAUCAGCAGGGUCUGCUGCCUGGCGCGCUUCUGGAACCAGUUCGAUAAAUCCGACCUGUCGGUGCCGCUCACCAUCCAGAACUACUCGGACCUCGCUGAGCCGGAGAGCCGCGAGAGCCGCGAGAUCCGCUCGGUCGCCAAGCACGUACCUGCGGAGCGCGCGCCCAGGGAUGAGUACGCCACGCCGGAGCGCCGCGCUUCACCCACGUCGCAGGACGGAGGAGAAGGAGGAGGAGGUGGAGGAGGAGGCAGGCGGCAGCCGUGCCGCGCGCGGACGGAGCCCAGUUAUAAACCCCGCGAGGACUACCAGCCACCGGGAGUGCCUUUCCCGAGCGUGACCCAGUACAAGCAGGACUACAAACCGUGGCCUAUCCCGAAGAAAGAUAACUUUCCGUGGAUCGCAAACGGCGGCAGUAAAGGUCCCGCCGAGAGCCUCGUAAACGUGGAGAAGGAGGAGCGCGCGAGCAGACAGAAGCACGCGGAGGCGAGCGGGACCGGCACGAGCUCGUACAGACAGGAGUACCGGCCCUGGGCAGCAGUCCGGCCAUCCAAGCCUGCUCAGAAAAGGCCUACGUCCCUGGGAGCAGCCACCAACGAGCCCCCUCUGGAGACCAGCUACCAGGCUGCCUUUAGCGCUGACACACACAGGCAUGCAGAUGUCAGCGUGCCAGACAUCACAGCGCACACACAGUCCAGCAGCCAGCCAGAGAGGGCAGACAGGACCGAAGUCAGUUCCAGACCAGAGGAGCAGCUGGUGAAGACGAAGUUGUCUCCUAAUCCUUCAGCCGUGUUCCAGAGCAGGUCACGCAUCUUCAACAUAUGACCCACCAAGACUGGCCUGUAUAAGGGCGGCCAGAACAGAAAGCAGACCGAACAUAGGAUUUCACUUCAACCCAGCACACGCUUACAAUGUUUCUAGGAAAUGCCUCAAAAGUUACAGCACAGAAACUACUAAGGGACUGAAGCUCUGCAGUGGCACUGAAAGGCUUAGGGAUUGUUUGAGGAUUAAAGAUUUAACAAAACAAAUGCGGAUUGCUGGACCGGACAGUGGGUCGCUGUUUCCCCAAAACGUUUCAUAAACGUGUGCAAAAACAACUGAGGAGGGUUAACUCCACUUAAUGUGAAAUCUAUGCAAGUGAAUGAAUGUUUCCGAACUUGAUGUCUGUUGCAGGCAAUGUCUGUAAUAUUUCGAUGGAUAUGAUGCAGCGCUGUGCUGUGGAGGUACAAAGGAAUGAACACGUACUGAUCUGAAUUCAAAUAUGCAUGUUUCUCAAUAGUUUAAAGAAGCUUUUUAACCCGUAGUGUCAAACACUUGACAAAAAGAAAAUGGCUGCUUUUUAGCGUGCUGUGCGUGUGUGAGCGUGUGGAUGUGCACCCACUGGGCUGGAAUGAUCUGUGUUUUGAGUUUUGUAUCUGUAAGUUUAGGUUCACUCCUUUUGAAGGACCUUUUACUUUUGCGCCGAGGAAGCCUGAUGCCUCCACUGUAUGCUUCUCCUUUCAAGCCCCUGCUAAACCUUUAUUAAAUGAAGAAUUACUUCUUGAUAUUUAUUAUUUAUUACAUUUUUAUUGAAUUAGGAAAGGCAGAGUAUUUCACCAUUGGUAAAAGUUUUAUUUUGUAAAUUUGUUCUUGAUAGACAUUAAAAGAUGGAGGAUGUAAUAUGUUGAAAUAAAUAUAAUAGGUUCUUAAAAUCGUUCCUUA